AUGAAUGGGCUCAGCAAAAGGGGGCAUACUCAGAAGACUUUAAGUUUGCUACGGUUAAUGGAACAGGGGAACACUAAGCCCAACAUAUUUAACUACAACAUCGUCAUAGAUGCCCUUUGCAAAGAUGAGAACUUAGAUGCUGCUAUCGGCUUUAUGAACGAGAUGAAGCAGAAAGACAUUCCUCCAGACAUAGUCAUGUAUAAUUCAUUGAUUGAUGGUUUGUGUAAGCUUGGUCAGUGGGAUAAGAUUAGGACUUUGUUCUCUGAUAUGGCCUUGAACCUUAAUAUUUAUCCAGAUGUGCGCACCUUCAACAUAGUGAUACAUGGACUAUGUAAAGAAGGGAAAGUUGCAGAUGCCGAGGAAGUAAUGAAACUCAUGGUGGGAAAAGGUGUAGAGCCCAAUAUAAUCACCUACAAUGCGAUAAUAGAUGGAUAUUGUUUGCGUGGUCAACUUGAUGGAGUAAGGAGAAUUUUUUAUAACGUGAUAGAUAAGAACAUUGAGUCUGACAAUAUUAACUAUAACAUACUAAUAAAUGGAUAUUGUAAGAAAAAGAAACUGAUCGAGGCCAUGCUAUUGAUUUGUGAAAUUUCUCAAAAGGGAUCAAAGCCUGAUGUUGUUACCUACAAUACUAUCUUGCAAGGUUUGUUUGAAGUUGAAAGAAUUGGCGAUGCAGAAAAAAUUUAUGCCGAGAUGCUAUCUACGGGCACCAUACCUGAAAGAGAAGAUACUAGUAUUGCAAUUUACAAUGUUGUUAUUAAUGGAUUGAGCAAAAAUAGUAAACUCAGAGAAGCUUAUGCUGAUUUUGAGAAACUUUAUUUCAUUGGAUUGCUUCCGGAUGUGAGAACAUACAAUGCAAUGAUAAAUGGAUUUUGUCUUGAAGGGUUGUUUGAUGAAGCUAAAGAUAUUCUAAAAAAAAUGGAAGAUAAUGGUUGCUUUCCAGACAAUGUCACUUACAAUGUUAUUGUGCAAGGAUUUCUCAGGUGCAACAGAAUUAGUGAAAUGGCCAUUUUCAUGAAGGAAAUGGCCGAAUAG